AUGCUAAUGAAGAAAGUUAGGUUUGAGAGUCCUGCUAAAGCUUUCCUAUCUAUCGACAUGAACGAACGCGAGUGUCAUUCGCCUCGUCCACUAGUAGAGAGGCAGAUGCAUACAAAUUUACCUGACUUAUACAGUCAGGUUAAGGUUUUACCGUACAGUAAUGACCCAGUGCAACGUUUUGAGUGCAGCAAUAGUUCUCCGUAUCCAACAAUGACAAAGACUCCGUUAUCUGGCUAUCAGAAAUCUCCUGAGUGGUCACCGUCUCACGACUUGGAUCUAAGUAUGUUGGAUGCUUCGUACCAUGAGCCUAGAAGGCCUACAUUUUGUAGAUCCAUCCUAAAGCCUACUAAUGUUAAUCACAAUGCUGUUGAUGGCUAUACAAUGAAUUAUACCCCUGAAUCUAGUUCUGCACCAAAGAUAUCAACUGAAAACAAAAUACUAAAACUACCAAACACACUGAUCAAAAACGAUGACUUCUUUAUAAAGAGAGAUAACUUAGAUAAAUUUAAUUUGGACAUGAAUCCAUUAACAAAGCAACUGAACCAGCUUAGUUUGGAUAAAGAAAAUGAUCCUUUCACUAGGAAAUCUGAAAUGGUGCGAAUGGCAGCUAUAAAUAUGCAGGACAAUGUAAAAAGUCAGCCACAGCCCACUAGAUUUGAAGACUCUGAUUGCAGGUGUCACCACUGUGUUAAAAAGACUACUCCAACAAAUACAAAUUAUAUAAUGACAAAUGAACAAGUGCCUCAGCACCACAGGCCUAACUAUGGUUUACCAUUUACUGCCCAAAAUGUUAUGAAACAUAGUCACUGCCCAUGUACAUUGCCAUCACAACCCAGCAGAUGUUCCUGCUGCACUCCUACUCCAACAGCUAGGAAAUGCCAGUGUAGCCCUUGUAGUACUGACAAAACACCUAGUCCAAAAUUGAAUGCAGUGGACAAAAAGACUUGGGCCAUAGAAAGAUAUGAACAGAGCAAAAAUUCAAACUCCAUGGAGGUUGAAAAACAAACAAAUAUUUCCAAAGAGAAACGAGAGCCAACUGUAUCUGACCUUUUUAAAAUAAUAAAGCUCCAAAAUGAACAGUUGCAAUUGUUACAAGAAAAAGUGGAUAAGUUUAUUACAGCAAGCCAACAAGCACAAAUACCUGCUCAGAAACAUGUAGCUAUUGAAACUGUUGGGAAUGAGCAGCAUAAAAUAUCAAUUGGAGUUAUGACUAGUUUUGAAAUGGUUAGAACUUCAACAGUAAUAAACAAGGAAAUCUUGAAAACAAAUGACAAUGCACAAAUACAAUGCAAUAGGUCUCAAAUAAGUAUAAAAGAGGUUGUGUCUAAGGGGCAAGCUCCUAACCCAAACUUUUUAGAUGGUAUUACACCUGUAGGUGAUACUAUGAGGGCAGAGUUUGAGGCUCAAGGAAAUGUUUUAACAAACACUCCAAUGAAUGGUGGUGUGCUUCCACUUGCAGGUGUGAACGAAGAGAAAACAUUGAAUGAAUUGAGCCUGUGUAAUGUCCAAGUAGAUAAUGCAACUACACCACUGAUGUCCCCAGAGCAGAGCUUGUAUUUAGAUGUCAGAGAUUAUAGCGAUUCCGAUGCAGAUAGUAAUAACCAAUCAAAUGUUGGCUGGACUUAUUAUAAUAAAGUUAUGACUCAUGUGAAUGGCAUGCUGCAAGAUUCAGACAUGCCGUCUUCAGCCAGUGCACUAUACAGAAACACUAGACAACAUUUGCAGACUGUACAAAUGCAUAUAGACAAGACUAAUGUUAGUGUUACUAAAAGGGUGAAAUUCGGCGACGAUCCUCUAGGAUUCCAUCAGCCACAUAUCUAUGCGUCUACUGACACCAGUUUGAAGAUGAACCAGCUGGCUGCCAAGUACUUGAAGAACGGGCCACCGGUCGCAGCGCCACAGCGCCCUGCGCCCAGGCCAGCUACUGCACCAGUUGACAUGUCUUUUGCUACGAGAAACUAUAUGGAGCGACAUAAAUUGUUGCAAGGUAUACCACCACCUUCGAAGUCUGCUUCUCCUGGUGAGAUGCCUCGAUUCUUAGACAUAACUGCUUUGAAACAGCAGCCUAAGUUUUUAUAG